AUAGGCGAUAAGGAAGAUUCGAAGCAAAGUCAACAAAUGCAAGCGGGAGUUUUAACGGAACAUUUAAACCUCUAGCGGAGUAUUACGUUCUAAAAACAUUUGGACAAUUUGCAUCCAGAUUUGAAGGUCUAUCCCUCUCGCUGUCAGUUUGAAAGACAAUGAUGACUUUGACCCGAAAACCGACACAAACUAUCUGCCUGGGUAUGUUAGUUUUUGUUAUCAGCGGAACAUGGGGAUAUCGCUCGGGACUUGAAGUUAUUAAUGUGACAUUCUGUGGAAAGUACGAUAAGCCUCCAACGUUUAAAGCUUCUCCAUGGCCUUUCUUUCCUGCUGGAGUUCAUUAUAAUUUAAAUGUAACAUUUGCAUCUGCAGUAGAUGUUCUUGAAGCAUCCAUGCAAUACGAAGUGGUCUACAACGGCAAGGUUAUUUUUUGGAGAAGACUCGACAGUGUAUGCCAUGCGUUCCCAUACUUGUGCAGCUUACCUGCUGGUGAAACCAUAGUGUUGGCUGCAUCUGGAGAAGUGCCCGUAAUUCCUCGAUUUUUAAAGAAUCGAAUCUGCAAGUUUAAAAUUCAACUUUUCAAUGGAGAGGAUAUCAUGUUUCUCUGUGCUGAGAUUGAGGGCAAGGUAUGGUAAGAGACGAACAGGACAAGCAAGAGUCAAGACUCAAGAGAAGCAUGAGGGAAAAGAAUAAGCAUGGGAAGACAUGCAAAGAUUUGUCUUGCAAUCAAUGAUUUUGUAAAACAUGGUUUUUAAAAUCUAGCAAUAAUCAAAAAAGAUAACUUUCUUAACUUUGAGUAAAUACAUAGAUUACGUUUCUAUGGCGAGGGAAUCAGCUCAUUUUUGAAACAACCCGAAAUCCAGCG